ACUGUUUACACGCGCUGAACGUCGGGCGGUUGGUUAGCGUAGGGCUACCAACCUAACUACUAACCGAAAUUUCAUUUCCGAACAUACUAAUGGGCCUCUCCCGUUUGCGCGGGCUCCGGUGGGCGGGAGCACGUGCAGUUCAGUUCUGACAGCUCCUCUCGAGUAAUCAGUUGACAUUUUGCGCUUUUGUACUUGCAAUUGCAAAAGCCUCUUUGUAAAUUGCGUCUGUAAUUUAUUAGAACUUUGCCUUUUAAGUCAAAGUCGUCGUAUCCCGUAUUCAUCAAUUUUAAGAAAAAAAAACACUGAAGAAACUAUUAUUAUUUAAAAUAAUGUCUCAAAUCCAAACAAUCGUUCUCCGCGAUCUGCAGAGUCUAUUGCGAGAAACGAUCGGCAGUGAGAUAGAAGUUGUUAAUUACGAAACAUCUAACUUACUACCAAAAGGCGAACAAUACGGAAGCACGAUGCUGAAGGUCGAGGCUUCAGUGAAGAAAAAAAGCGACUCGCCGGAAGAAAAGAUGCAUUUCGUGGCUAAAAUGCUACCGACGGCGGAGUUUCAGCAAGAGCAUUUAAACAUGACAGACACGUUUACUAAAGAGAUUUAUAUAGUUCAGAAAUUAAGUGAAAUCUACCGGGAACUAGAAAGAGAGGCUGGAAUAAAAGAGGAAAAUUUGAUCGAUGUUUUUCCGAGGUUUUGCGGCGGAAGAUUGUCAAGGAAGAAAGACACUAUUGACGUGGCUGACGAAGACGCAGUCAUGCUCCUGGAGAACUUGAAAGUCCGCGGAUACGAUAUGAUUGACAGAUUGACUGGUCUGAACUAUGAACAUGCCAAACUGGUGAUGACCAAACUCGCGCACUUUCACGCUCUUGGCACAGCGCUCAAAAUGAAGAAACCGAAGCUUUUCGAAAGUGUCAAAAAGCUGAUAAACACGAAAUCUUUCGGAAUGAAGGAAGAAGAAUUUCAACAGGUCUUGAACUAUUUUAUCCAGAUACUUUGCGAAGAUCCGCGAAUCAACCAAUACAAAGAUCGCGUGAAAAAAGUCUUGACCAGGAGUAAAGAUUACGACUCCUUUUUGGGUUUUCAAGACAUAGAACCUUGGAUCUCCAUUGGGCAUGGUGACUUCUGGAAGAAUAACAUUCUAUUCCAUUAUGGUAUACUUUCUUACGUAUAGUGAAUUAUAAAAUGUAAUUUAAAUCCCACAACUAAGGCUGAAACAUUUUCAGCCGAAAACGGAAAGCUCGACGAUGUAAAGUUCGUCGAUUACCAGACAGCUCGAGUUUGCAAUCUGCUCAAAGAUAUUCCUUUUUUUCUUUGCACGAGCUUAGAGCCGAGUGUUGCGGAGAAUCACUUUGACGAGUUACUCAAGAUUUAUCAUGAUAAAUUCGUCAACGUCUUAGCUAAAAUUAACUGUGAUGUCUCGUCGUUUACAAGGAAAAGUUUCGAGGAACAGCUGAACAGAGAUGCAAAAGAUGAACUGUUUCACUGUGUUCUGGCGAUCAAAUUUAUCACGGUGCAGGUUUCCGAGGAUAUGGAUGACAUAAUGUCUGCAGUAUUGAUGUCCGGCGUGAAUCAAUUAUAUCGCGAUAUGUCAUGGAGGGUCGUAGCAAAAUUUGCCGAGAAAGGUUGGAUUUAAACUAAACCUUUUCUUAUAUCGGCGUAUUUUUUCCUUAUACAAUAAACGACAUCAAUUAGUAUAUUAGAAAUAAAACAAUGAUUAUAUAAUUAUA